UGCUUUCAGGGACAUCUUCGUGGAUUCCCAGGACUUAUUUCACCAAAAGCAAGAUGGCAGAACUCAAUACACAUGUGAAUGUCAAGGAAAAGAUUUAUGCAGUUCGAUCAGUUGUUCCUAACAAAAGCAAUAAUGAAAUAGUCCUGGUGCUACAACAAUUUGACUUCAAUGUGGAUAAAGCAGUACAAGCCUUUGUGGAUGGCAGUGCAAUUCAAGUUCUAAAAGAAUGGAAUAUGACAGGCAAAAAGAAGAACAAUAAAAGAAAAAGAAGCAAGUCCAAGCAGCAUCAAGGUAACAAAGAGGCUAAAGAGAAAGCAGAGAGACCAGAUGUGGUACCCCAGCAACCACAGGCACUGCAGAUACAAAACGGCCACGCUCAUGCCUAUGAGAAGGACAGUUCGUCCACCGACUCCACCCACGAAAAGCCCACCCUUCUCCCACGUGAGAAAAAAAUCUCCAUACUCGAGGAGCCUUCCAAGGCACUUCGUGGGGUCGCAGAAGACAACAGACCACUGCAACAGAAACUAUCCUUAGAUGACAACCCCAAACCUUUGCAUGGAACCACAGAGAGGUCAGAUGGCCUACAGUGGUCAGCUGAGCAACCUUGUAACCCAAGCAAGCCUAAGGCAAAAACAUCUCCUGUUAAGUCCAAUGUCCCUGCAGCUCAUGUUGAAAUAAAGCCAGAUGAGUUGGCAAAGAAAAGAGGGCCAAAUAUUGAGAAAUCAGUGAAGGACUUGCAACGCUGCACUGUGUCUCUAACCAGAUAUCGGGUCAUGAUUAAAGAAGAAGUGGACAGUUCCGUGAAGAAGAUCAAAGCUGCCUUUGCUGAGUUACACAACUGCAUCAUUGACAAAGAAGUUUCCUUAAUGGCAGAAAUGGAUAAAGUUAAAGAAGAAGCCAUGGAAAUUCUGAGUGCUCGUCAGAAGAAAGCAGAAGAACUAAAGAGACUUACUGAUCUAGCCAGUCAGAUGGCAGAGAUGCAGCUGGCCGAACUCAGGGCAGAAAUUAAGCACUUUGUCAGCGAACGUAAAUAUGAUGAAGAGCUCGGGAAAGCUGCCCGAUUCUCCUGUGACAUUGAACAGCUAAAGGCCCAAAUCAUGCUCUGCGGAGAGAUUACACAUCCAAAGAACAGUUACUCCUCAAGAAGUCCGGGCAGCGCCCUACUGCCUCUGCUGAACACUCACGCAGCAAACUCUGGGAAGCAGAGUCAUUUUGCCCGAAAAGCAUCCAAUCACAACAAGUCCUCAGAGGGUAAAACAGCAAACCCAAAACUGCUGAGUAAUCCUCCCAGCUCCACAGACACCUCUCACCAGGCCAUGCCCACUAACAAGCAGAAUGGGCCUUCUAACCAAAGACGAAGAUUUAAUCCACAGUAUCAUAACAACAGGCCAAAUGGGCCGGCCAAGUCGCAGGGUGGUGCCGGGGAAGCUGAUCCCAUGAUGAAAGGCAACAACCGCCAUGAACACAGAAGACAAUCACACAAUGGCUUCCGUCCCAAAAAUAAAGGUGGCACCAAAAACCAGGAGGCCCCCUUGGGGACAAAGACCCCCGAGGCCACUGCCCACUCAGAAAAGCCACGGCGAAGGCAGCACCCCGCAGAUAACUCGGAGGCCAGGCCUUUCCGGGGUGCUGUUGCCAGGGUUCCGCAAUGCAAUCUGUGCCCCACGAGAAUUGAAGUUCCCACGGAUGCUGCGGUUCUCUCAGUCCCAGCCGUGACAUUGGUGGCCUGAACCAGGAGAGAUAAAUGGUCGUUUUCACUCCAUUUUGGUUCCCUGCCCGAGGUGCUGACCCAAUUCGCUGCCAAAAAGAGAGUCACUGGGAAUCUACGAACCCCGUUUGGUUGUGUCACCCUCUCUGAAUCAUUUUUACUAACCCUAAUAAUCACGGCUAGCUUGCUUCAUAACUUUCAUGGCUUUGCUUGAUCUGUUGACGCUUUUUCCCAUCGAGACAUUGCAGCAUUUUAGCAAGGCAGUAUUUACUCAUUUGUUAGGAAAAUCAAGAUGUGGCUGAAGACCAGAGACUCAGUAGCAGCCUAUGUUGUAGCGUGAUGUCAGUCCAUUGAUUGUCUUUAAAGAGUUACUGUUGCAAAAAAAAAAAAAACCUUAAUGAUUAGACAAACAUGAUCUGCUAAAGACACAUGCGCUUUUGUAGAAUUUAACAUCUGGUGUUUUUCUGAAAAAUAUAUAUAUACAUAUAUUGCUUUAUUUGAAACAAAUUAAAAUAUGCUGCAUUUGA